CUCAGAUAAUGCAAUUUCAAUUGUAUAAUAGGUUCUGUGGAAAUGAGACGUGAAGUUUUUCCUAUUUAAGGCUCGGCUUAUCAUAGUAUCUAAAGAAAUCACACUGUCCGUAUAUGGUUGCUACGGAUGGCUCCUGCUUGCCAGAGCUGCACAAAGAUAAUCGCUCAGGAAGUGUUUCAGCCAAUCCCCUGAAGCUUUACAUUCAGAUUUACCGAAGUAGCCAAUCCGGGAUUAGCUUUUAUUAGGAAGACAGAUCAUCAAGCUGAAGUGCCAAGCCCUUUCUGCCUGAGUACUGAGAGCCUGUCCUCCAUGUUUUAUAAGUAUUGACAUAACACUGUGUUAACAAUGCAUCCACAGAGCUUGGCUGAAGAGGAAAUAAAGGCAGAGCAGGAGGUGGUGGAGGGGAUGGAUAUCUCCACUCGAUCCAAAGAUCCUGGCUCUGCUGAACGCACAGCACAAAAAAGGAAAUUUCCCAGCCCUCCACAUUCCUCUAAUGGCCACUCACCACAAGAUGCAUCAACAAGUCCUAUAAAAAAGAAAAAGAAACCUGGUCUAUUGAACAGUAAUAAUAAAGAGCAG